AGCUUUAGAUUUCAUCAUGUCGUACAUGCUUCCACAUUUACACAACGGCUGGCAAGUUGACCAAGCAAUCCUGUCAGAGGAAGACAGAGUCAUUGUUUUUAGAUACGGUCACGAUUGGGAUCCAACAUGCAUGAAGAUGGACGAAACACUGUACGGUAUUGCAGACAAGAUCAGAAAUUUUGCACAAAUCUACUUGGUAGAUAUCACUGAGGUUCCUGAUUUCAACAAAAUGUACGAGCUGUAUGAUCCCUGCACUGUUAUGUUUUUCUACAGAAACAAGCACAUUAUGAUUGAUUUGGGGACAGGAAACAACAACAAGAUAAACUGGCCUAUUGACAACAAGCAGGAAAUGAUUGAUAUCAUCGAGACGGUUUACAGAGGUGCCAGAAAAGGGCGUGGUCUGGUAAUCAGUCCUAAAGAUUACUCUACCAAGUACAAGUAUUAAUGAACAGUGUUGUCAUUACAUUUACGUUGUAGUGUUACAUGAUAUUAUGAGAGACUUGGUUGUGGCUUAUAGAUUAACUGAAAAAUUGAAAUGCUUACGUAAGAGAAAGGAAUUGAAAGCAAGAUGUAGACAUGACUCCUUGCUGCUGCUGCUGCUAUUUGUUAACUACUGCUCUCCUUGGAUACAAUUCAGAAUUGCUAUAUUUAGAAUACAAUAUCGCUAUUUGUUCUUUGGCCACUUGAUUUACUUUUCUUUAAAAUUAAGGCUUUAAGUUUUGUGACAUCGCUUUUAACGUAUACGUACAUAACUUCCAUUCCUCUAAGAUUAGCUUACAAGUUACAUUAUGACUAACAAAACAUAUGAAAAUUGUAUUGUGAAAAACUAUGCUGUAUUUCAAAUUCUCUUAA